CGGAAAAUCAGUUCUAUUUGAUCUGUUGCUAGAAUACUAUCGUCCAUCGGAGUGGUGUAUUUUAGAAGUUAGUUUUGAACGAUAAAGUGAUGAUGUCCGUACUAGGAUUAUGGAUUUUGGUUUCCCUGCUGGGAUACUCCAUUGGAUACGUUAUUGUUCAACGCCCAGCUGAAUACUACAAUUAUCAGACGCAACCGUACGCUCGUCAAUGGCAACCUUUACAGUACCAAUUCCUUGACUAUCAACCCAGUUACUACAAUAACUACUAUUACCCCUCUGCCUUUACGUACGCAGUACCGAACAAACCGUACCCGAAGCCACUGAAGCCUGAUCUAGGACAUGGUUUGUCGUACGAAGAAGGUCAAAAUCUCCUCCAAGUUUAUCGGCUUAUUCGGGUGAUUACCAUUUUUCGGACACCGACCAAGAAAUUAACCUUACUAGACAAACUAUUGAAACGGCUAACUAAACAAUCGCUCCAAGACCAGCUCGUUGAUCUGGUGUGCCACGUAGAUGGAUAUGAGGAGGUGGCCGAACUUGACCAGGGACCGCCAGGAAUUAAAUUGGACCUGUUUGUCGACGAUCCCGGCCGGCUGUUGUUUGCAAUUCAACGUGCGUUGAAUGCGCUGGAUUUGGAUGAAUACGAAUAUGAUCAUCAUUAUGGUAAACAUCAUGGAUUCUGUGGAGUGCAUAAGGAGCUCUGUGGGGAGUUGCGCGAGCUUAGAGAUGAGGCGAAUGCGUUAUCUGUGCCCCUCAUCAAGAAACACAGGGUCUACGAGAUCAAGGCUAUGGUCAAACAAGCAUUGGAUUCCGAUAUACUGGAGGAUUUGGAUGAAGAUUUAGAGAGUAGAUUGUUAGAACUGGAUGAUAUAGACAUAGAAAUGCCAGAAAUCCCACUUUUUGAAGAGGUACCAAUGGCCACAAGUUAUGAUGCACAGAUACCCGAAGAUUAUCAAGAGCAGAUAAACGAAGAUUAUCAGGAGCAAAUACCUGUAAUUUAUCAGGAGCCGAUAUACAGAAGCUAUCAGGAACAAUUGCCCGUAGCUGAACAGUAUGACGAGCAAAAGUUGAAUCAAUUGGCGACAGUUUUACAUAAUUACUUCCAACAACAAUCUACCACCGAGUCUCAUCAGGAGAUACAUCAGAAAGAAGUUGUGCCAACAUCAACCCCAACUUACCCGAGGACAACAGUACCGACAACAGCCACUGUAUCAGUGAUCCCAAUAGCCAAAGAGGACACAAACACUUGGUUUGGAUCUUUGUUUGGAAACGGUGAUGCUUUGCCAGGCACGGUCGAUGUCAGUGAACCAGCAGUACUGAUUGAGCCAGUAACAGUGGAGAAGUCAGAUCCCAAAAAAGUCGUGGAAAACAACGUUUCGGCAAAUACCGAGAAAUCGAAUUCGGCAUCUGCCUUUUUCUCAGCGCCGUUGUGGCUAUCCAAGACCUCAGACCAACAGGAGGUUGAAAACAAAGAAUCAAGUCCUAGUUUCUUGAACAAGGUAGAUGAAAUGCUACGGAAAGAGUUUGCAGAACACAGGCAGGCAUCAGACAACGCAACCAAAGCGGAAAAAGAAGAAGCUCGUGACCUUCCAGAUGAACUCAGCAGAAUUGAUGUGGAUGAUAAUGGUCCUACCAGAGUCGAUAUGUUCAAGCUGAAGGAAGCUUCCCCGGCGCUGGAUUUUAUUGACGCGGAUCCCAGCAGAACUUCCGUUGAAUCCCGGAAUCAACAGUCUCCAAAAAAUAAUGCUCGACGUGCCGUCAAGGAAGAAAUUCUGAAGGUGUUGAGCCUCUUGGAAGAAGCCUUCGAAGAAUUGCACGGGCGUAUUUCCGACCCAGACGUGGACAAAUUGGUGGAUGGAUUGCGAGAUGUGGAAGCGGGCGUCAGGUGGACCGAAAUGCUCAGUGCUCUACAGAAACUGAUUACCGAGAAACAGCUGGAGAGUGGUGAACAGAUUUUGGAUGUUUUGGAGCAUUGGAAGGAGGACGAAAAUGGACAGAUAAAUAACGGAUAUUUUGAACGAACGUACGGAGGGCAAACGACGAAGGCAUCGGUGAAUCAGUAGAUGGCAAUGAGAUUUGAUUUAUGUGAGCUAAAGCAGAAUCACCCCUAGACGAUUUAGGCGUGUUUUCACCGGUAAAGUUAACGGAUUUGACCACACCAAACUUUGUAGAGCUCAUGGAUUUCUUACUCGAAUGUUUUUUAAAUUGAAAAACAAAACUGUGACUAUUAGUUUAAUAAUGCAAAUAGUUGAGCUUAAACUACAAGCUUGUAGCAACCGAGAACUGUAAAUAAAGA